AUGCAAUCGGGAGCGCAGGACGAAAUCCGCCAUCGUAUGGAGGGGCGGAGUGAAGUUUAUCUCGGGGCAGUCGAUGGCGGCAUCAAGAUGACGGCAGACAAAUUCCUUUGUCUGACCCUGCCUCUUGAUGGAUGCUUUUCUGUUGGCGAUGCUCUUGUUCGGAGCAGCCAGCCUCGCUUCAUGAGCGAUGGCAGCAGCGCUGAAACCAAGAUUGUGGCCGCCCCAUCUCUAUUAUUGGUCGCUUUGAAUAUUUAUACCGUAACAUCUUAUGCGUCCUCUACGGGCGCCUCGUCCAGCGCGGGUGCCUCGUCCUAUACGGGCGCCUCGUCCUGCACGGGCGCCUUGUCCAGCGCGGGCGCCUCGUCCUGUACGGGCGCUUCGUAUUGCGCGGGCGCUUCGUCUUGCGCGGGCAUCUCGUCCAGCGCGGGCGCCUCGUCCAGCGCGGGCGCCUCGUCCAGCGCGGGCGCCUCGUCCGGCGCGGUCGCCUCGUCCUGUGCGGGCGCUUCGUAUUGCGCGGGCGCUUCGUCUUGCGCGGGCAUCUCGUCCAGCGCGGGUGCCUCGUCCAGCGCGGGUGCCUCGUCCAGCGCGGGCGCCUCGUCCAGCGCGGGCGCCUCGUCCUGUGCGGGCGCUUCGUCUUGCGCGGGCGCCUAG